AUGUUUUGUUUCACUGACCUCAUUACGGACUUAUGUGAAUGUGAUAUUAACAUAAAGCCUUCUCGUGUUAAGACCAAUUCUCAACAAAUUUACAGUCGCAUAUAUGAUCCUUAUAACACCUCAUCUAAUCAAAAACAGUUACUUCAAUGUCAUGACCGUAUUUACGCCUACUGUUGUGAUUUCAAUACAUCAUUUAAUCUUACUUUUUGCUUUGCAUGUCAUUCACAGUACGAACGCAUUAAGAAUUCUGAAAAUGCAGGUACUAGCGAUGGCGAUGACGAUAGUAACUAUGGUGAUGAUGUUUCAGUUUCAUCAAAGAAAAGUUCUUCUUGCUUACAAUUAAAAGCAAAGGAUGAAGAUGAUUAUGAUGCUUUUAUAAAUGAAAGCAAAAAAUUAAAAAAAUCAUCUAAAGAUAUGGUUCUGUAUAUUACGCUAAAAUCUGAUAUAAAAAAAAGAAAAAAAAAGGUUAAGGAUUCAUCGAUAAUUAACGUCGAAGAUUCCGAUUCUAAUGAAGAAAAACCCAAAACUAAAAAAGCAAAAAAAAGUAAUCGUUUACCAAAAGAGGAAAGACUAUCCUCUAAUGAAGUCGAACUUGCAAAUAUCAUUACCCAACUUCGCUCCAAGUAUCAAUGCGGUAUCCAUAAUACUCCAUGCUAUAUAGAGGAUAGCCGACACCUUCCUCUUAACCCUGCUUGUCUUCAUCUGUGGUCUCGAGAUAUAAAGAUGAAUGUUACUGAUUUAGACACACCACCUACAUAUCCAUCGUUUGGACUAGAUCAAGCCCUUAAGCCUAAUACACAAAUAUCGCAAUCAUAG